AUGGAUACCUCGACUAGGAAAGCAUUUUUUCACAAAUUACAGUCAAAUCCGCGCUGGAUAGACCAUGUGGUACCAAUGUUGCAAGCUGAAAAUGGAGAAAGAGACACUACGAAGGAUUCGCCCUUCGAAUUAGUGGAAUCAGUCGUGAAUAUUCUCUUAAGCGCUGUGGCACAAUACGACUCGAAGUUUUCAUUCCAACCUGUCGAUGCGUCAAGUUUCUUCACGGAAAAGGAGAGGAACCAUUUUGAAUUGCUUCUUUUCCUUAUUCCAGACAGCCUUCGCCCUGCCGAAAUACGUUUGCAUGGAUGUUCUCCGGGUGUCACGCUGGUCGAGGUGAUUCAAAACACGCACACUCUCAACACAUGGAAAAGUGAAUGCAGCAGAUCUUCUUCCGGACAGGAAUAUUUGUCAUCGAAAAUGUUACGAAAUGCAUUUUCUAAUCUUCUGUCCCUAUUGCUUACAGACAUGUUAUAUUUGCAGCUAUACCAUAACAAAACAACCCGUGGCAUUGAGGUUAGGAAUAUUUCUUCUGACAAUGAGGUUCGUGUUGAGAUUGACUUCCGAGGUUUGAUACUAACUGUUGACUUGUUAACUGCUAUUGAUUGCGAAGGUUUAUUGCCGAUUCACACUUAUCCUUCAAAAGGAAAAAAACUGGGUCACAAAAGAAACUCGCCUUCUAAACGGAAAACAGUUAACUGUGGGAUUCAGCUGGUUUCGAAAGCUACCUCGGUGGAGUAUCAUUGGAGAAUUUGGUAUUGCAAAGCAGAGAGAUUUGAGCUCGAUUUCAAAAGAUUUCCUCAAAGAUGGGAAAGUUUUCAGCUCUUUAAAACAUUGGUUUACAAAAAACUUGGUUGCAAUUUUCUUAAGCCAUACCUAUUACAGACUGUUUUGUUGCACGAAUGCGCAAAAUUUUCUGAUGUAGAUCUGUGGACUGAAGAGAAACUUCCUUCUCGUUUUCAUGGUCUCGUCGAGGUUUUAGAGUCGUUCGCUCGUGAUAAGAAUUGUCCCCAUUUCUUCAUUCCGUCUUUAAACUUGUUCACUGAAAUAAGCAAUGAAGAUCUGAAGGGAUUAUGUAAAAAGAUUAAAUUCAUCAGAGAAAGAUGUGGAAAAGUUAAAGGGCAAGAAAGCUUUCUGGAAAAAGAUUGAGUCUUCCAAUCAUUGCGAAUAGAAAACAGAUGGUUGUAAAUGACCGUGGAUGUUUUUUUAAUAGAACUUAUUUUUGUAUUUAUAUGUCAAGUUAUUCUAAUAUUUUUCUGAAUCUGCGACGGAAAGGCUUUUGAGUUUCACCUACUGAUUGGUUGUGAUUCUUAGCAAAUAUGUAGCUAGUUAUGGCUUAGUUCAGAAAUCUGGGUAUUUGAAUCGUGCAAGUGUUUGUCAAGACAAAGGUGGGGUACUAAAAAGAAUGUGUUCUGAUAUAUUUUUGUUUGAGUAGAAAAUAAAGGGGAAAAUUAUUUUCCGAUUUGUUUGUUGGACAUUGCUUUUGAAAUUUUGGUGGCUCCUAAAAGAGCCGUUUGGUUUUUCCUCAGAAGGCAAUUUACUGCUUGCUUCUCUUUUCGGAUUUCUUUGGAAGAAGAACAGCUUGGAUGUUGGGGAGAACACCUCCUUGAGCAAUAGUGACCCCACCAAGGAGCUUGUUCAGCUCUUCAUCAUUCCUGAUGGCGAGCUGAAGAUGUCUUGGGAUAAUUCUGGUCUUCUUGUUGUCCCGUGCAGCGUUGCCGGCAAGCUCAAGGAUCUCAGCGGACAAGUACUCGAGAACGGCUGCCAUGUAAACUGGAGCGCCCGCACCGAUUCGCUCCGAGUAGUUUCCUUUACGUAAAAGACGGUGUACUCUGCCAACUGGAAAUUGAAGUCCAGCUCGAGAUGAACGACUUUUGGCUUUGCUACGGCUUUUACCUGACUUUCCUCGACCCGUCAUAAUAAAAUAGAAACCCUUGGCUUAAUUUUACAAACUUACAGAUCUCUAAAGGCAGUUGAAGGAAAUUUCUUCCAUGCUUUAUCAAUGCAGAUGGAUCGAAAUGCGCCAAUAAGAUAAGUAAUUGCAUCUGCUGGUCAGCCAAUCAUGAAACAGCAAAAUAACUUGUUUCCUCGGGCGGCAAAUUUAUAUUUGGCCAGCCAAUCGAAUAUCAGCAAUUUCGAUCCCAGCAAUUUUUGAUCCUGUGGUUUUUGCUAUAAAUUUCUGUCCGAGUGUAUGGCCAAAUUCGUUGAAUGUACUAAAGUUAUCAUUCUUACCUAAGGUUUGUGGCGAGUAUUCUUAAUUAUCAGGAGAAUGCCUCCCAAAGCAGGUGCAAAGAAGGCUAAGAAAAUGAGUGGAAAGAGAGCGUCAGGUGAUCGGAAGAAGAGAACCAAAAAGCGAAGAGAAAGCUACUCCAUUUACAUCUACAAAGUGCUCAAGCAAGUCCACCCCGACACAGGAAUUUCCAGUAAAGCUAUGGGAAUCAUGAACUCUUUCGUUCAUGAUGUUUUCGAGCGGAUUGCCGGCGAAGCAUCCCGCCUCGCCCACUACAACAAGAAGAGCACAAUUGGUUCUCGUGAGAUACAAACGGCCGUUAGGUUGUUGUUGCCCGGUGAGCUGGCUAAGCACGCUGUGAGUGAGGGAACAAAGGCGGUCACCAAGUACUCUAGCAGCAAGUAA